AUGUCGUCGCCGUCCGAACAGCUGGCGCUGGCCGCGCCGCCCACAAUCACCGUCACCAACUCAGAGAGUUCGCGCCACGACGAGCCAAAUGAUACAGUAAUGGAUGAUGGGACACAAAUAUCAGGAGAAGAUAUACCAUCCGAUGCGGACGAGCAGGCGCGCCUCAAGUUGCUCACUACGGGCACUCGGGCGCAAGAUGACUUGGAACGGGAUAUUGGACGACAGGCGGACCAGAUGCUCACAGAGCAAGCUGAUGUGAGGGACAAGAAGCGCAUAGAGAAGCUCGAGGGCGAAGCAAAGCGGGCUGAGGCAGCCAUACAGAAGCUUAAGAAUCGAUUAGCACUCCCAGCUUUAGAUACUCAGAAGGCAAAAUUGCGCGGCGAGAUUGCAGCAUAUCGACAAAAGAUCGACGAUCUAGAUAUGGAGAUGGACAGUAUACAGCAGCGUAUCAACGAUCGUCACAAAGCGCCUGGCGUCGAUGAUGCACCGGAAGAUGGCGCAAAUGGACCGCUACCAAAUGAAACCCAGCGCGAGUGGCUCAUCCGCACAGGCAAGAUCACGCCCUUCUCCAAGGUGGCGCAAAGCCACCCAGGCUCAGGAACCUUGGGCGAGGUCAUGCUAGAUGCUGAAGUUGAAGACAUGGUUGUAGAUGCGGACAAGGGACCAGUGUCACAUCGCAAUUUGAUGAAGCCUGGGUUCGAGAACGUUGAGUCCAGCGAAGAAGAAACGAGUCCAACAUCUAAACCACGACCGAGGAAGCGGCGGAGGGCGACUCCUGCUAGUGAUAACCUAGACUCCAGCGAGCCGAGCACCGGGCCUGGCUUUACCGAUCCCGACUCCGACGAUGCCUUCGAGCCGGGCAUGACAGAUCGCCAACUUGCGACACUGGAUGAGUCUGACGCAGUAUCAGAAGAUAUCGACGAAGACGAUUCGUAUGCGGAGGAGACUACUGGUCGUAAACGUAAACCCAAAGGAAAGAAGACAAAGAAGGCCAAAGCUAAGCCUGUGGAGGAGGCUGUAGUUGAGGAUCUGGCCGGCGUUGACGAUGGCAACGAGCGAGUGUACCGGAAACGCAUAGAGACCUGGACGAAGAAUCGCGCAGCGGCAAGAAAAAAGGCCAAGGCGAAUAGGGGUGAGGUGGCUGCAGAUGAAGAAGGAGAGGAAGAGUGUUACCAACCUCAUCCCACCGAGGCUGACACAGAGUUCGAUGGCGGGUUUCGUAUUCCUGGAGACAUCUACCCAGCACUGUUUGAUUACCAGAAGACUGGUGUACAAUGGCUUUGGGAACUGUACUCCCAAAACGUAGGCGGUAUCAUCGGCGAUGAGAUGGGUUUGGGUAAAACCAUACAGGCCAUCGGCUUGGUUGCGGGCCUUCAUUACUCCAAGAAGCUCACGAAGCCCGUUAUUGUUGUCUGCCCAGCGACGGUCAUGAAGCAAUGGGUAAACGAGUUCCACCGCUGGUGGCCUGCUCUCCGAGUUUCUAUCCUGCAUACGUCUGGCAGUGGUAUGCUGGACACUCGACGAGAAGAUCGUCUAGAGCAGGAAAUGGAGCUUCGGAAGUACGGUGACUACGAUACGACCCUGACUGGCGCCGGCAAGGCUGCAAAGAAGGUCCUCGAAAAGGUCAAGCGUGAUGGUCACGUACUUGUCACGACUUACUCUGGGCUUCAAACAUAUGCUGAGUUUCUGAUUCCUACUGAGUGGGAAUGCGCCAUCCUAGACGAAGGACAUAAGAUCAGGAAUCCCAACACUGCUAUCACGAUUCACUGCAAGGAAUUGCGAACACCAAACCGCAUCAUUCUAUCUGGUACGCCAAUGCAAAAUAACUUGACGGAGCUAUGGUCACUCUUCGAUUUCGUCUUCCCUAUGCGUCUCGGUACCCUCGUCAACUUCCGGAAUCAAUUUGAGUUUCCUAUCAAGCGGGGUGGCUAUGCAAACGCUUCCAAUCUGGAGUUUGAGACUGCCGUGCAAUGCGCUGAAACCCUGAAAGAUGCUGUCAGCCCAUACCUACUCCAGCGAUUCAAGGUCGAUGUAGCGACUGAUCUGCCUCAGAAGAAAGAGCAGGUUCUUUUUUGCAAGUUGACACGUCAACAGCGCCAAGCAUACGAAGCCUUUUUGGCAUCGGAAGACAUGAAGUCGAUCGCGAAUGGCAAGCGCCAGAUGCUCUUUGGCGUCGACUUUCUGCGCAAGAUUUGCAAUCAUCCAGAUCUUACUGAGCACAAGACGCUCUCCAAGAAGCCUGGCUAUGAUUAUGGUAAUCCCAAUAGGUCCGGAAAGAUGCAAGUGGUCAAGGAGUUGCUUUCGCUGUGGAAGAAGGGCGGUCACAAAACACUGCUCUUCGCGCAGCAUCGCAUCAUGCUUGAUAUCUUGCAGAAGUUUAUCAGUCAAUUACCUGAUAUAAAUUGGCGUCGCAUGGAUGGCGAUACACCCAUCAAGGAUCGACAGAACCUUGUCGACGAGUUCAACAACAACCCAGACCUGCACGUCUUCUUACUUACUACAAAGGUUGGAGGUCUUGGUGUGAACCUAACAGGUGCUAAUCGUGUCAUCAUCUAUGACCCCGACUGGAACCCUUCGACAGAUAUACAGGCGCGGGAGCGUUCAUGGCGUUUGGGACAGAAGCGAGAGGUUGAAAUAUACCGGCUCAUGUCCGCCGGCACGAUUGAAGAGAAGAUUUACCAUCGUCAAAUCUUCAAGCAGUUCUUGACAAACAAGGUUUUGAAAGACCCGAAACAGCGACAGACAUUCCAGAUGAGCGAUCUCCACGACCUAUUCACGUUGGGUGUGGAGAAUGUAGAGGGCGAGACAGAGACGGGUAGCUUGUUCCGUGGGUCAGAAGUCAAAUUCGAAGAAGACGGAAAGACGGCCACAGCAGAUGCCACAGCAGCUGAAGCCCUCGCAGCCGUAAAAGGCAUAUCGAGAUCCGAAGCUUUCCAGGCUCCCGUCUCCGACACCGAAGAAGGUGCUCCCGCCAAUGAAGAUGGAACCACGUCUGCUGACAAACCUCCCACGGACUCUCGCCUCAUGUCCACCAUCUUCGCAAAGACAGGUGUUCAUUCUGUCCUUGAACAUGACGCAAUCAUGAACUCGACAGCUGGUGGCCGCAAGCGCAAAGUCCAGGCCGAUCCAGCAUACAUUCAACGCGAGGCGAAACGGCAAGCCGCCCUUGCAGCCGAGCAGCUGAAAAAGAGCAUGGAAGAAGCACGCAACGUACCAGCCGGGACACCGACAUGGACCGGACAAUUUGGCCAAGCCGGCCGUCCCGACACACCACGCGGAUCGGCAUCCACACGUGGUUCUCGCGGUGGCCGGGGAGGCAGCAGACUGGGCGCGCCUUCCUCAACAGCCAUCCUCAACAACCUCGCUGCCCGCCAAGGUCGUCCAAAUCCAACAUCACUAGCAGCAACCUCUACUUCUCGUAGCUCCACAUCUGGGGUGACGACACCGCAGACGUUCCGCGGCCGCCGCAUGCUCGAGAUGAUUCGCGAUUUCAUGCUUACACACGGUGGUACGGUUCCCAGUCGCAUGCUUGUCGAUCACUUUGACCACUACUGUCGCGCACAGCCGGGCAGGAACGAAGAGUUCAAGGAGAUGCUCAAGCUGAUUGCUACACUCGAGAAGAGCGGCAGUGCGCAGAGGGGAAAAUGGGUCCUCAAAGAUGAAUGGAAGACUCAGCCCACAUCCACACCUACUGCUGCUGCGCCUACUACUCAGAGACCUACUGGUGCUGCCGGACGUUAG